AUGUGCUGCGACGACGGGAACGAGGAGGCCUACUGCUCGGACUGCCGCGCCACGACGGUGGUGGUGUUGGACCACGCCACCGGCGACACCAUCUGCACCUCGUGCGGGCUCGUUCUGGAGGCGAGGUACGUCGACGAGACCUCCGAGUGGCGCACGUUCUCCGGCGACAACGGCGGCGAGGAUCGUGACCGCAGCCGCGUCGGCGCCUCCGACCCGUUCCUCGCGCACGCGCUCGGCACCGUCGUCGCCCCCGCCAAGCAGCAAGCGAAUGCCGCCGGCGCCGCCGCUGGCACGUCCCUGUGGCAUGCCGCACGCGUCGACUCGGAGGCGAGGUCGGGACAAGACAAUGCGCUGCUCGCCGGGUUCCGCGCCAUCUCGGACAUGGCGGAUCGCCUCGGGCUCGUGAGCACCAUCAGAGACCGUGCCAACGAGCUACUCAAGAUGCUGGAGGGGGCCAAGCUCUGCAAAAGGGGCCAGCACCGCGACACCACGUACGCCGCCUGCCUCAACAUCGCCUGCCGCAACGAGGGGAAGCCACGGACGCUCAAGGAGCUGACCUCGGUGAUGCGCGCCGGCUAUGACAAGAAGGAGAUCGGGAGGAUGUCCAAGAUCAUCAGGACGUACCUCGGGGAGGAGGCCGGGCAGGCGAUGGAAGUCGGUGUGGUGUGCGCCGCCGACUACAUGGCCCGCUUCGGCUCGCGGCUCGGGAUCGCCGCGGCGGAGUUGCGCGCGGCGCAGAGGGCGGCGCAGGUGCUGGACGAGAAGCUGGACGUGCGGCGCAACCCGGAGUCCAUCGCUGCCGCCAUCAUCUACAUGGUAGCGCAGCGCGCCGGCGCCAAGACGUCCGCGCGCGACGUGUCGACGGUCACCGGCGUCGCCGAGGCAACCAUCAAGGAGGCGACCAAGGAGCUGAACGAGCAUGCUGAGCUUCUCUUCACCUAAAGUGCUCUUGGAUUCGAUAGUUUCCUUGGUUUUAGCAUGAGUGGAUGAGUGCAAGUGCUAGCUGUAACGUUCAUUUUGGUUAAUUCUUGGCACGUACCUAGAUGGUGGAUCUAUUCCAUGAGGACCAUGACCAGUUGAAUUAUGUAUAAAACUAUUUUAUGUAAG